AUGGGUAAUACAACUUCAACACCGGAUCCAGGGCCAGUCUUACCAAGAAGUAAAAGGGUUCUAUGUAAGGAUCAAUGUAAAUGUUCCUCAGAGGAGAAAAAAAGACAAAGAGAAAAAUGCAUGCAAUUUAAAGAGUCAUGGAUGUUCACAAAUCAUUACAAAUUAUUUGCAUCAACAAACCAAGUUCUUUGUGAAAUAUAUGAAAAGAUGUCCAAGUUUGGGCUCACUGAAAUUGACUAUCCUUUUAGAGAGAAUUCAAAGGUUGAAUUACCAAAGGAUAAAGGUUAUAAAAUCAAUUCUGUACUAAUACUGUGCGGCCCUGAAGAUGGAUCUGACAUAGACUUUAUUACUGGAUGGAACGUUGGAGACGCUACGCUAACUUCUAUUUUAACAAAGUAUGGUGGUAUUGCCGCGGUCAGAAAGAUCGCAAUGGGGGAAAUUGAUGAACCGUUUUCCUCAAUAUAUGAAAAAGACAGCAGGGACAGAUCUUCCAUUAGGGAAUUCAACAUAAUAGAUUACAACCAAUCUCGUAAUUUCCAAGAAUCAAUUCCAUCCAUGUAUUUCGUGGGCUGCUCAUAUAGUGCCCCACUCAUUUAUUUGAUUCAAGAGGUAUCCUCACAUCUAAAGAGGCAGGGACUGCAGGCUAACGCUUUCCAAAUUGCGACUUAUCUUAACACAAGAUUUUGUAGAUUUGAUCUCUCCCUAAUUCCAGUUCAAGAACAAAUCAAUGGAACGUUCAUAGCACGAAUGCGUAGUUUUGAUUUAAAUCGUUAUAUCUACCACGGGGAAGGGGUUUCUCGACAUGAACUGGAUCGAAUUAGUGAUAUCUUUGAACUCAGUAGGAAUGUUGGCUUAAUUGAAGCCGAGGCAAAAGAAUGGUUACCAUGUGGGUGUUACAUAAACCGUGGAAAGAAUAUAAUGAUUGAAACUGAUGAAUUAGCCAAUGUUGCAACGUUAAUAAAAACUAUGCAUACUGCAGUCACUAGAACUUCUCAUCUUGAUGGCGCUAUAAAAACUACGGAAAACAUGGGAUUUUUAGAAGAUGGUAUUUAA